AUGACCAAAUCACGCCCUUCGACGCCCUUCGCGCCGCCGCCGAUCAUGCGCCGCCGCCUGCCACUCCUCAUCGCGGCGUUCUUCCUCUUCUUCCUCUUCCGCUCGUUGCUUCCGGUGUUCGCGCCGAACCCCCGUCGCGUCGUUGGCGGGAAGUGGCUGCCCGAUUACGAGGUCCAGGAUGUCCCGCGAUAUUUACACCAUUCGCCGUAUCGAGAUGCGCCGGAUCAUGAUUUUGAGAGGAGGGUUUCGGAGGCCUUGAGUGAGAUCGAGGAGAAUGUCCUGAGCGGGAAUGGAGAUCGCGUGGCGGAGGAGCGCAUCUGGCAGAUUCGACUGGGGGAUACUGGUGCUGGUGAUGGACAACCUGAGCGAGGGGCGGAUUCGUUGGCGUUUACGGCUAGCAAUGGGGAGUGGGCCUAUACUCUCGUAACAGAUGAUCCGGCAAAACACUUCAUUACGGAGAUCCUCGCGGCAGUCCCCGAGCUCAAUACGCUCUACGAUUCCUACCCCUACCACGUCAUGCGUUCUGAUCUCCUCAGAUACCUGCUGCUCUGGUACUAUGGCGGAUACUACGCGGACUCGGACGUCUACCCGGCGAAAUCAAUCAAGGAGUGCCCGUCUCUGGCACCGCUCUUCGGUGAGUCCAUCAACGCAAAUAUAUCGCUCGCUGUCGGAAUCGAAAUCGACGAGCCGCAUGCUUCACCGCAGCUGAUGCGCGACUGGCACUGGAUCCGCACGUACGGCCUCAUCCAGUAUACCUUCUACGCGCCGCAGCGUUUCAGCCCGUUGCUGCGGGAAGUCAUUGUCCGGGUUCUAUCGCAUACGCGCCAGCAUAAUCGGUAUAGUCUGCCGUUCGUUGGCCCGCAGUACAACGAGAAGACGAUUCUGGAGGUUACGGGGCCGGGCGUCUUUACGGACGCUAUUUUGGACGCACUCUCCGACGCACUCCCGACUACGCACUCGCUGAUCACGGCUUCGGUUGAAGCAGACAAGGGAAUCAACGAUUUGGUUACCGGUACAUGGGGAGAACGCACUCGCCGUCUCACGUGGGCUCCGUUCCACAAGAUACACCAGCCCGUCUGUGUCGAUGCGCAGGAAGCCACCGCGGGAAAGUCGAUGGGAGGAGUCUGCGUGUUACCCAUUAAUGCGUGGGGCAAUGGGCAGCGACACAGCGGGGCAGAGGGCUUCGGAAGUCCGCAAGCUUGCAUUAAUCAUCGGUUUGGGGGAAGUUGGAAGAAGGAUUGGUGGCAUCGGCAUUUUGGAUAG